CUCUUUUCAAAUCAAAAACCAUGGCUGCUAUUCCACCUCAAUCCAUCCUUCCCCAAUACCCUGAGUUAAUUUUAGCUGCAAUUGAAGCUAUAGAUACAAAAAAUGGAGCUAACAAAUCAAAAAUAUCUAAACAAAUCGAAUCAUCGUACGGAACUUUACCGGCGGCGCAUUCCACGCUUUUGUCGCAUCAUCUCAACAAAAUGAAAGCCAGCGGUCAACUAGUGGUGAUUAAGAACAACUACGUCAGGCCUGAUCCAAACGCGCCGCCGCGUCGCGGCCGUGGAAGGCCACCGAAACAAAAUAAGGAAGUUCCGGCAGGUGUGGCUACGUCGCCGGCGAGAUCUAGAGGACGGCCGCCGAAAGCAGAGGGUGAAUCUGCUGGUCCUGUGAAAGUGGCGGUUGCGCCGUCGGUGAGUGGAAGGAAACGUGGACGGCCGCCAAAGGAUGGUACGGCGGCGGCGGUGAAGAAGGUGGAGAAGGCGGUUGGUGAACGGAGAGGAAGAGGACGGCCGCCGAAAGCGAAAAAUCCGGUUUGAAAUUGAAGCUAGUUUUUUAGGGGGUUAAGUUGUAAUUGUUGUUGUUUUAAGGAGCUUAUUGGAUGAUUUUCAAUUAGUGAAGUGUGUAAUUGGAGUGUAAAUUUAGGUUUCACUUUUGUUUGUUUUAGAUCUAAAUUCGAGAUGAUUUCAUUGUGAAAUUUGGAAAAUGGGAUGAAUGAUGAUUGUGACUUUUGACCA